AUGCUCUCUCCUGCCGCGCAUGCUCCUGCCGCGCAUGCUCCGCGCAUGCUUCCUGCCCGCGCAUGCUCCUGCGCGCAUAGCCUCCUGCCGCGCAUGCUCCUGCCGCGCAUGCUCCUGCCGGCGCAUAGCUCCUGCCGCGCAUGCUCUGCGCGCAUGCUCUGCCGGACGCAUUGCUCCUGCCGCUGCAUGCUCCCUGCCGCGCAUGCUCCUGCCAGCGCAUGCUCCUGCCGCGCAUGCUCCUGCCGUCGCAUGCUCCCUGCCCGCGCUAUAGCUCCUGCCCGCGCAUGCUCCUGCCGCGAUGCUCCUGCCGCGCAUGCUCCCUGCCGCGCAUGCUCCUGCCCCCUGCUCGCAUGCUCCUGCCGCGCAUGCUCCUGCCGCGCAUGCUCCUGCCGCGCAUGCUCCUGCCGCGCAUGCUCCUGCCGCGCAUGCUCCUGCCGCGCAUGCUCCUGCCGCGCAUGCUCCUGCCGCGCAUGCUCCUGCCGCGCAUGCUCCUGCCGCGCAUGCUCCUGCCGCGCAUGCUCCUGCCGCGCAUGCUCCUGCCGCGCAUGCUCCUGCCGCGCAUGCUCCUGCCGCGCAUGCUCCUGCCGCGCAUGCUCCUGCCGCGCAUGCUCCUGCCGCGCAUGCUCCUGCCGCGCAUGCUCCUGCCGCGCAUGCUCCUGCCGCGCAUGCUCCUGCCGCGCAUGCUCCUGCCGCGCAUGCUCCUGCCGCGCAUGCUCCUGCCGCGCAUGCUCCUGCCGCGCAUGCUCCUGCCGCGCAUGCUCCUGCCGCGCAUGCUCCUGCCGCGCAUGCUCCUGCCGCGCAUGCUCCUGCCGCGCAUGCUCCUGCCGCGCAUGCUCCUGCCGCGCAUGCUCCUGCCGCGCAUGCUCCUGCCGCGCAUGCUCCUGCCGCGCAUGCUCCUGCCCGCGCAUGCUCCUGCCGCGCAUGCUCCUGCCGCGCAUGCUCCUGCCGCGCAUGCUCCUGCCGCGCAUGGCUCCUAGCACGCCAUGCUCCUGCCGCGCAUGCUCCUGCCGCUCAUGCUCCGCCGCGCAUGCUCCUGCCGCGCAUGCUCCUAGCCCGCGCAUGCUCCUGCCGCGCAUGCCUCCUGCCCGCAUGCUCCUGCCGCGCAUGCUCCUGCCGCGCAUGCUCCUGCCGCGCAUGCUCCUGCCGCGCAUGCUCCUGCCGCGCAUGCUCCUGCGCGCAUGA